AUGGAUAGCAUUCCCAUUGUCAUCUGGUUCAGGCUGAAUUGGCAGGCGUGGGGCCCGAUUGAUACAAAUUCCGACGUAUUCCCGCCUCGAUCGAUGGGAUCGACCGCGGGUCCUACUUCAUUAGGGAGUUAUGUCGACUAUAACCACGAGGCCAAUCCUGAUCUCUUUCCCCAGUGUGUCGCGACCAUUGAGCUCUCAUUCCCGGACUGCGAGAACGGGCCUCUCAGCAAGACCCUCGUCUGCGACAAGUCCGCCAGGCCUCAUGACCGAGCCGCCGCGCUGGUCUCCAUGUUCACCCUUGAAGAGUUGGUCAACAACACAGGAAACACGGGUACCGGCGUCCCUCGCCUGGGACUACCCAAGUACCAGGUAUGGAGUGAAUCGCUGCAUGGCGUGUAUCGCGCCAACUGGGCGUCCGAAGGCGACUACAGCUGGGCUACCUCCUUCCCCCAGCCCAUCCUCACGAUGGCUGCGUUGAACCGUACCCUCAUCCACCAAAUCGGCGACAUUCUGUCGACGCAGGCUCGUGCCUUCAGCAACGUCGGCCGGUACGGCCUAGAUACCUAUGCACCCAACAUCAACAGUUUCCGCCACCCGGUCUGGGGUCGUGGCCAGGAAACUCCUGGUGAGGAUGCUUACUACCUCGCCUCGACAUACGCCUACGAGUACAUCACCGGAAUCCAGGGUGGCGUCGACCCCGAGACCCUCAAGCUAGUGGCAACCGCCAAGCACUACGCCGGCUACGACAUCGAGAACUGGGACGGCCACUCGCGACUGGGCAACGACAUGCAGAUCACCCAGCAGGACCUCUCGGAAUACUACACGCCGCAAUUCCUGGUGUCUGCGCGCGAUGCCAAAGUCCACAGCGUGAUGUGCUCCUACAACGCCGUCAACGGCGUCCCCAGCUGCUCCAACUCCUUCUUCCUGCAGACCCUCCUGCGCGAGACCUUUGGUUUUGUCGAGGACGGCUACGUCUCCGGCGACUGCGGCGCCGUCUACAACGCCUUCAAUCCGCACGAGUACGCCGCCAACGAGUCCAGCGCCUCGGCCGACUCCAUCCGCGCCGGCACCGACAUCGACUGCGGCACCUCUUACCAGUACCACUUCACCAACGCCUUUGACGAGGGCGAGAUCUCGCGCCAGGACAUCGAGCGCGGCGUCAUCCGUCUGUACACCAACCUCGUGCGCCUGGGCUACUUCGACGGCAACAGCAGCCAGUACCGCGACCUCACCUGGUCCGACGUGCAGACCACCGACGCCUGGAACAUCUCCCACGAGGCCGCCGUCGAGGGCACCGUCCUCCUCAAGAACGAUGGCACCCUCCCGCUCGCCGACUCCAUCCGCAGCGUCGCCCUCAUCGGACCCUGGGCCAACGCCACCACCCAAAUGCAGGGUAACUACUACGGCCCCGCGCCGUACCUCACCAGCCCGCUGGCGGCGCUCGAGGCCUCCGACCUGGACGUGCACUACGCCUUCGGCACAAACAUUAGCUCCACCACGACGGCUGGCUUCGCCGACGCCCUCGCCGCCGCCCGCAAGGCCGACGCCAUCAUCUUCGCCGGCGGCAUCGACAACACCAUCGAGGGCGAGGCCCUCGACCGCAUGAACAUCACCUGGCCGGGCAACCAGCUCGACCUCAUCAACCAGCUCAGCGCCCUCGGCAAGCCGCUCGUCGUCCUCCAAAUGGGCGGCGGCCAGGUCGACUCGUCCGCCCUCAAGCACAACACCAACGUCAGCGCCCUGCUUUGGGGCGGCUACCCCGGCCAGUCCGGCGGCACAGCCCUCCUCGACAUUAUCCGCGGCGUGCGCGCCCCUGCCGGCCGUCUCGUCACCACCCAGUACCCCGCCGGCUACGCCACCCAGUUCCCGGCCAUCGACAUGGGCCUGCGCCCCAACGGAACAAACCCGGGCCAGACCUACAUGUGGUACACCGGGACGCCCGUGUACGAGUUCGGCCACGGGCUGUUCUACACGACGUUCGAGGCCAAGCGCGCCUCCACGGCCACCAACCACUCCUCCUUCAACAUCGAAGAUCUCCUGACCGCGCCGCAUCCGGGCUACGCCUACCCCCAGCUGCGUCCGUUCCUCAACUUCACCGCCCACAUCACCAACACCGGCCGCACGACCUCCGACUACACUGCCAUGCUGUUCGCCAACACCACCGCCGGCCCCGCGCCCCAUCCGAACAAGUGGCUUGUCGGGUUCGACCGGCUCGGCGCGCUGGAGCCCGGCGCGUCGCAGACGAUGACGUUCCCGAUCACGAUUGAUAACGUCGCCCGCACCGACGAGCUGGGCAACCGUGUGUUGUAUCCGGGUCGGCGGUGCUUAUGA